AAAAUAACACUCUAAAAUAAAAAAUGGGUAAAAUCGCUGCAUACAACAGACCAAAGAAGAACGUAAAAAAAGAAAAGACUAUGAAGAAGAGGAACAUCAAAAGGUCAAGAGGGGAGGUCCAGAAGAAAACUAUUAGUGCAAGAGAACAUAUGAAGAAUGUCAGGGAACAGAAGAAGUUGAAGAGGAUGUUGAAGAGACAGCAGAGGAAGGAAGAGAGGAAGAAUGAAAUGAAGGUUGAUUAGGUUUAAGG